UCUCUCUCCACCAGCUGAUAGCCCAAAACGAACGAUCCGGCUGGGUAGAGAACAGCGCUGGCAGUGCGGCCAGCCAGCUGCUCUGCUGCUGCUGCAGCUAUCGCUACUGCUGCCGCCGCUCGAGCUAACCCACCCCUGGGGGCUGCCUGCCCGCCUGUUUAGCCGAAGCCAGCCCCCGUCUUGCGCAGCGCUCUGUGAAGAAGCGACAGACUCGGCACAGGAGAGAGAGAGAGGAAAAGGGACCCCCCCCCCAAUCAUCCAUCGCCGGACAUCAUGAGCUCGAGAAGUUCCAUGGCCGAGAGUCAGGACGAGCGGCAGAGCGUGUUGGUGGACAAGCCCGCGAUCCACUGCUACAAGUGCCGCGACCUGUGCCGCGGGGAGGUCCUGCGCGUGGAGAAUCGCCACUUCCACGUCUCCUGCUUCACCUGCAAAGUGUGCGGCUGCGACCUGGCGCAAUGCGGCUUCUUCGUGAAGAACGGCGAGUACGUGUGCACGCUGGACUACCAGCGCCUCUACGGCACGCGCUGCCAGGCGUGUGGCGACUUUGUGGAGGGAGAGGUGGUGACGGCACUCGGCAGGACCUACCACCCCCGGUGCUUCGUGUGCUCCGUGUGCAGGCAACCGUUCCCGUCAGGGGCCCGUGUCACGUUCAACGGGAGGGAGUGCUUGUGCCAUGAGUGUACGCAGCCCAUCUCGCCCGUGCUGCGCGACCCCAGCAACCCCAGCAACUGCGCUGGGUGUGGACGAGACAUCAAAAACGGGCAGGCGCUGCUUGCCCUGGAGCGGCACUGGCACCUGGGCUGCUUCAAGUGCCGAGCGUGCGGCAAGGUUCUCACCGGAGAAUACAUCAGCAAGGACGGGAUGCCCUAUUGCGAGCGGGACUACCACUCCCAGUUUGGCGUUCUGUGCGACGGCUGUGAGAAGUACAUCACCGGCAGAGUCCUGGAGGCGGGGGACAAGCGCUACCACCCGAGCUGUGCGCGAUGCUUCAGGUGUCACCACAUUUUCUCGGAGGGCGAAGAAAUGUUCCUGCAAGGCUCCUCCGUGUGGCAUCCGGACUGCAAGAAGGCGGCCAGGGCCGAGGAGCGAAAGCGCCGAGUCUCGGCUGAGAGCAUUCCUUCCCGGCCCAGCUCCAGCAUUUCAGGCUCCCCGAGCCAUUCUCUCUACGCACGAGUGGACAAUGAGGCGAUGGAUUAUAAGGACCUUGCAGCCAUCCCGCGGGUGAAGGCCAUUUACGAGAUCGAACGACCCGAUCUCAUCACGUACGAGUCUCGCUAUGCUGGGGAGAGGCUAGAGCAGGGCCCAGUGGAGGUGCAUGAGAGGCUGGAGCGACGAUCCUCUAGUCACGGCACCAUCAGCUCUCCCGGCUAUGCCCGCCACGGGUUCUCUCCCUCUGCCACGCGAUCGCCGCAGCACUUUCACUGCCCAGGUAUCCCAGGCAUGAUCACGACAAGUACACACAGCUCGCCCUCGCAAAAGCGGUCCCUAGGGCAGUCGCCCUCCCCCCGCCCCCCCCAGUCUCCCAAACACUUUCACCUGCCAGAAGACAGCUCCAACAUUUACAGGAAGCCGCCCGUCUACAAGCAGUACGAGCCGUCGUCACUGUUACCCGCUGCUGCCGAUUCUGCCGCCGCUGGGCGCGCAGAGUCGUCGAUGAUGUCGGGGCCGGGCGGUCGUGUCGUCGGGGAGGACGUCAUCCAGGCGGCCAAAUUCCCGGCGGCGCACGCCCCGGAUCCCGCACUGCCCGCCAAGAUCGAGACCGACUACUGGCCCUGCCCCCCUUCUCUCGCCGCCGUCGAGUGGCGGAAGAACAGGACCAUGCACGAGGAGGAGGAGGAGGACGAGUCAAGGCGGCGUCGAGUCGUUCACGAGCAGGAGAUGAGCAAGGUGCAGUCGGGCCUCGGGCGGAUGAUCCUGCGGGAGGAGAUGGAGAACCAGCGAGAGCUGGACCCGCGGUCGUCGUCACGCACGCCCUCCGCUUCCAGCGAGCCCUCGCAGCGCACGCUCUUCGACUCCCCCGUGCAUGCGUCUCCAUCAAGGAGUCUGUGCCCUGAGGAGCAGGGGUCUCCAUCCAAGUCUUCUUCCCUUCCAGGUUAUGGAAGGAAUGGGCUGCAGCGGCCCCAGUCGACAGAUUUCCAUCACGUCCAUGGAAACUGUUACCAAGAUCCCCGAGAUUGCCAGGUGCCACCAUCGACAAUAGAGGAGGCUAUGACGCCUGCUGCGGGCGGUGGAACACGGGCGUCCCGAAUGGAGAAAGGCGUGUCUAUGCCAAACAUUCUGGAGCCAAAGAUAUACCCGUACGAGAUACUGAUCGUUACGACUCGCGGACGAAGCAAACUACCGCGCGCCGUGGACAGGACCACUCUAGAGCGCCACUUGUCUCCAGAAGAAUUCUACCGGCUGUUUGGGAUGAGCAUACAAGAGUUUGAUCGCCUGCCCCUGUGGAAGAAGAACGAGAUGAAGAGGAGGCUUAGGCUCUUUUGAAUUUGCGAAAACAAUCCGGCUCGAAAUGAGAUGCAUGGAGAAAAUCCACUUUUAGAGAGAAAGAGGGGCAACCACACACGUCUUUGAUGGACUGUUCAAAAUUUAGCAAAUUGUACAGGUCACCAGUGGAUUCUCAUCAAGGUGUAUUAUAACGAUACUUAAGAUAAUUUUAAAUGGCUACAUUGUUUCGUACCUUGGAGUUCAUUUGUAUGUGUUAACUUUUAACAUUUGUACACGUAACACUGGGUUGAUGUCACACUUAUUAUUUUCCUCUUUCCUCCUUAAUGGAACAUCAGCUUGGAUGCCUUUACUUUAUAUAUAUUAAAAAGACCUGUAGCUAUAUAAAAUAUAUUUGAACUACUAACAGAAGAACCUGUUCAUUUGGACUUCUAAUGAGCAUUGUGUCAUUUUGAAGAAAAUUUAAUGAGUUAUGCAUGUACACUUCCAAAUUAAUUUACUUAGUCAUACUCUUUUUUUGCCAGUGUUCAUUCUAUUGUGAAGAAAUUCAUAUUCCUUCAAUUGUUAUAGAGCUUAUACAUUUCUUUCAAGGGCUGGUUAAGGCUAUUGUAUUAGACGGCACAUUAUCUUGCCAACAGCACGCACUAAUGGCGUUAAGCCCAAGUGAAGGCUGCAGGCAAUGGGACCGAGAGGAUCCAUUUCACGGCUCGAUCUUUUGUCUUUACGUUUGCAAUUCUGCGCGAAGCUGUAGCCGAUAAAGCCAAAUCGGCUCAAAAAGCAACGCUGUCCUCGUGAAUGUGAAGAUGGAGUCGUCGUGACCCGCAGGCGGAUGGAGAAAAUGGGAAAGUCAGUGGUGAAGUUUCGAAUGCCCUGCACUAAAUAUUAUGUAAAGAUGUGGCCAAAUAAGAAUGGAAGGAUUAAUUCUUCCAUGCACUAUUGUUUUCAAAUUGACUGUCAAUGCGAAAACAACAUCAAGCGCAUAAACCUUAAUCACCUUGCAGCCACACACCUCCUAGCACAGGGAACAUUUGCGGUCAGGAGCAGGGUCAUGAUGUCUUAGAAAUGUGACUGGACAGAGGCGGGAUGCCAUCGCACGGGCGAAUUCUACCGGCCUCCCAAACGAUUUCCUCGCGAACACGUCCCGAGCCGCGUUUUCCGCACCACCUCUUUGUGGCCGACUUUUGGAUCCAGACCAAAUUGCGGGGCUAACGUGGGUUGCGGCCCCGUGGCACCGGCGCUGCCUUGGCGGUCGGUCUGAUAAGGAGUGGACGUCUCGACGUUUGUGGCAGCGUUUGUGGGGAAACACGGGCGCGGCUUCAUCCGCCACGCGACGCGGCUCAACGUUGAGCCACCCGAACGGCCGAGUCUGAAUCCGACAACGGCGUUCCCUUCGCCGCUCUCGCCGGCAGUCGGUGCUACCGUCAGUGUUGCGAGACGAGUGAGAAAGGGAGAAUAAGGGGAGGGGGGGUGGGGUGCGCGUGUCAUCGGCACGAGGCCCCGACCAGUGCCCAACUGUGACCAAUGUGAAGGUGGCUCGAGCUCAUGUGGCCAAUGAAGUAAAGUUGCCACCGUCUCUCCGCUGCUUUAAUGGGGGAGGGGGGGGGGCGGUAAUGGGGCAUACAUUAUGUAGAUGCGUGGCGUCGAGAUGUAACCUUGUGAAAGAGAGCUGCGACGUUUUAGAUAGGACGUAGAUUUAACGGGUGUGUCUUCGCUUUUUUUCGAGGUGCGUAAAACUCACAUUAAAGUGGCACCCGUGCGUAACAAUUUAACAGAGGAAUUACUGAAAAUUUUUAUGUUGGUUUUGGGUUUUGUUUUCCAUAAACAAAGCACUUAAAUACAGUUCCUGCACUGGAAAACAUUCAUUAAUCCGGAUGCUUAGGACACGAGGACUUGUUUUUCGUAUAUGUACUAUUGAAAUAUUUAAAUAUUGCUGGUGAUAUAGUACACCAUAUUUAUUAUAGAUAACACUAGUCCGUGUACAUACCUGUGGUAGAAAAAGCUAGGUAUGAGCAUAUACAAUGCGUCGUACUGCACAGCACCUACUACCAGUCGAGGAACGCAUUAACUUACGCGAUUGUCACCGUUUUUAUUGAGUAAUUUAUUUACGUAUGUGCGUAAGUCCCGGUAUAUAUACACAGGCACACAUUCUUACAUAUCGGCCAGCUUAAAAUAUAACGGGAUCAAAAUCAUCUCGACACUACGCGUACAUUCGAAACUGUGCACAUACAUAUUUAAACAAAAUACACGUUAACAUCGGUGUAAAACGUCGCUUUUUUUUAGCUUGGUCCAUGAUUGGCUUGAAGGGCAGUUCAGUAUGACACGGCAGAUGUCGGGCAGAUUAUGGCACAAACCACAGUAAAGCAGUCCGAAAGCAGAGCAGCUCUGAGUUAUUGCAAUAACGCUCGUGCAGAUUUUGACAAAUAGAGAAGGAGAUUUGCUGAAUGCGUGUAAUAGAAAGAGGAUGGGUGCCUGCUCGCUCAGCCAGUGGACAAUUUAUUAAGGCGAUUUUUUACUUAAGUUCCUCGCUUACGGUAUCCGAGCUCUGUGCUACAUUCGACCUUUACUCUAAUGCGUUGUCUGUCUGAUUCCAAAGCCUUUUAAAAUAAGAUCAGCACCGCCAGCGCUCCAGAUAAGGUUGUGGAUCUCCGAGUAAUUUCCCCUUAAAUUUUGAAAUGUUAAAAAGUAGAAUCUUUAAUGCUCACUUAUGGGGUUAUGCGUGAAGUAGAACCUUGUAUGCUCACUGUAAUGUUUUUUUUUUGCUUUGCCCUUGUACUUCAAUUUGGUCUUACGAUAACAGCCCACAAUACGGAGGAAGAAAGAAAGGAAUCCUCAGUUAUUAUUUUUUUUUACUCCAAAAUAAAUGAAAACUGCGUAAGUGCAGUUUAGCCCGGGUAAGUUACCGAACGUCUCUUCAAGGAACCCAAGGAUCACAUGACCGCUCCUCCACGCUGUUUCUGUCAUGCGAGUUAGAAGUGCGUGUGCAAAGUUUGCGAUGCAUAUUAUUUGUUAUAAUGCAUAAUUAAUAUGUAUUUUUUGUAUCCGUAAAAAAAUGCCCGGCAUGCAACUUAUCUGGAGCACCGCACGCUCGCACUAUGCUGUCGUUAGACAAGCAUGCAAACAAAGAAGGGUGUUUAUCUUGCUGUUUAAGGCCUUUGAAUAAUUUCAUUUAGAAGUUUGCAGCACGUGUAAAAAAAAAACUCGUUUAAUUAUACCUGAGUGUGUUGAAUUUACUUUGGAAAUUGCAAACGUUUGUUACAUAUACAUAUUUUGGGUUGAACUCUAUCAUAUUUCACAAGUUAUCUAGAUUUACACUUGUAAUGAUAUUUCUUUUUGUAAUUGCGAUGAUAAUGCUGUUUGACAAGGCCAGCUUGAAACAGGCUACACAUACACACGUAGCGAAUACAUAUUGACAUUAUAGUAGCUUUGUUGCAAAGUCGGUCAUUCUUGUCCAUAUGUACUGUUUUAAAUGUACAAUUUGAAUACACAUUUUUAAUUGCAUCUUAAUGUUGAGGAACGGAUACAUAAAUACUGCUGGGUCCCUAUAGUACACAACCUUACAGUUUAUUUUGGAUGAAAGUGCAAACGCAGAUUUCUGAUGCCAAGUAUAAAGUGGUUAAGUAUGAAUCGGAUUGAAUUCAGUUUAACGCGAUUGAUGUGUACACUAUACGGUGUGGCGUUUCAAUCAUCCAUCCCUGCGGGAUCUGAUCUAGUUCUGGACUACCUUAUGGGCAAGUCAACAGUGGGUGUCCUUGGGCGGGACCUCGUCCCUGAAUGAGAAAUGUGAAAUUCCCACCUCUGGUUAAGUGAGGGCUGUAAAUGGGGAGAUUGGUUCCCACCUCACACUCAAUUUGGCAAGAAACCACUUAAUCACGUUCUGUAUAUCAUCGGGGCUUUUGAUUAAUUUCAAUGCAAAAAUGAAUUUCCGAUGUAUACCAGUGGAAAAUCUAAUAACGAGAAAAAUAUAAGCCACACUGGGCAUUUCCCUUUAAACAAAAAUGUUUCGCAAUGCCUGCCAUAGCAUGAUGAUUUGCAUUAACCAACGCUUCAGCCUAAAUGAAGCAUUUUCCAUUUGAUGUGUACGGUUAUCAAUUCGUUUGGAGAUGGCGUAUGCAUAAUGACGAUCCUUUUCUCCACUGCAAAUGAUCUUUGAUGUCUCUGUUGAUCAACCGUAGCAUCUCGAUUGCAGUGCUGGCUGUGAGGGCAUGAUUACAUGAAUAAUAGCAAAGCCAAGGUGGUUUACACUAAAGCUGUUCGUAAACCCAUACAAACUAGGAGAAUUAUGCUGUCUUACGUUCAGAUGUUUAGAAGUGGAUUACAUUAUAUUUUAGCUCUGCUGUACAUGCUAGCAUGAAUUGUUCGUAUUGUAUAUUCUAAAAGAAAUACAUUUAAAAUUGUUGGUUUUUCCGUUUCGUUUGCCAGACUUCUAUACGUACGGUAACUGUAUUUGCAAACGUAUCUAAAGUGACUGAACAAUUAGUUGAUUUGUCUCAAACUCUGUAAUUUCACUUUUUGUUUUGCAACGGCUUGGAUCUGCGACAACAAUAAAAGGAAAGUUAGCAUUAAGCACCGAUGCUACGUGGGUGUUCAUGUAUUUAUAGUUGUGCAAGUGUGUCACUGCGGGUAACAUACGCGAAUUAAAACAUGCUUCUUUGGGUCACAA